AUGAGACCAAUUGGUGAACGGUUUGAGAUUGGUAUCCCUUGGAAGCAAGACCAACCAAAUCUUCCAGACAAUCGAGGAAUGGCAGAGAGGAGGCUGAGAAGCUUAGAAGCACAUCUAAAAAAGAAACCAGAGGUGCAGCGACAGUAUCGAGAUGCCUUUCAACAGAAUGUUGAUAAAGGAUACAUCCAGAAAGUUGGACCAGUUGAGGCGGCUAGAGAUGGAUGGUACUUGCCCCAUUUUGCUAUCGUGAAACAAGACAAGCAAACCACCAAGGUGCGUAUAGUGUAUGAUGCAGCUGCCAGGUUUGGAGGAACCAGCCUCAAUGAUGAAAUGUUGCCUGGGCCAAAUUUGCAGAAAGACAUUCUGGAGAUCCUGCUCAACUUCAGACGGCGCCCAGUUGCUUUGAUUGGCGAUGUGAAGGAAAUGUUUAGUCAGAUUGUGCUCCAGUUAGAAUGUAGACGUUACCACCGCCUCCUGUGGAGAGAUUGUUACACAUAUCGACCGAUGGAUACUUAUGAAGCCGUGCGAGUAACAUUUGGUGACAGGGCAUCCCCAUUCCUAGCCAUGUAUGUGCUACAAGAGCAAGCUCGACGGGCAGCACCAGACUACCCCUUGGCAAGUCAAGUGAUUAAGGAUUUCACAUACAUGGAUGAUGUCACCGACAGUUUUGAGACCACUGCAAUUGCCGCAAAGAUGAUACCGGAGCUUAAAACAGUUGUGAAGCCUGGAGGAUGGACAAUCCGGAGAUGGAGCAGCAAUGAGCGAGAAGUGCUUGUUGGCCUGAGUGAAGAAGACAAAGCGACUGGUGUCCGCUUCCGAGACAGCGACCUGCCUACUAUGAAAACCCUUGGUGUCUGGUGGGAUGCUGAAACAGACGUCUUCAGUUACUCCGUGAAGUUUGAGAUGACCACAGUCAACACAAAGAGGGAGUUAUUGAGUCUGGUAGCAUCAGUUUUUGACCCUUUCCAGUUUUUGGCGCCUCUUGUGAUCCGAGGAAAGAUUGCUCUGCAGGGGGCGUGGAUGAGUGGGAAAGACUGGGAUGCUCAGCUGACUCCAGAUGUGAAAAAGGUGGCAAAAGACUGGAUCCAGGAGAUGAGUCAAGCUCAAGAUCUGAAGAUUCCGAGGUGUAACAGAACGCGGCCAAUCACUGAUGUGAAGCACAUUUCGAUACAUGUCUUCUCCGACGCGUCCCAAGAAGCCUAUGCUGCCUGUUGCUACAUAAGAUUUCUGUAUGAUGAUGAUACAACACAGGUGACAUUCGUUGCUGCCAAGGCAAGAGUUGCUCCGCUGCGGGCUAUCAGUAUCCCAAGAUUGGAGUUGAUGGCAGCGGUGCUAGGUGUAAGGCUAGCCCGUAUCAUAGCCAAGAUGCUGGAGAUCUCAAUUGGAGAGCACAGAUUUUGGACAGACAGUACAGAUGUACUAUACUGGAUCAGGGGACAGUCUUGA